AUGCAGAUAGCGAUAACCAAUGCGCGCCAUCCAGCCAGCCAUUCCAGGGUAGAGACUCAGGCGUUUACCGACGCUACCAAUCCAUGCUCAGAUUCUGGUUGCGUCCUCUCAACAUAUUGUUUAUUCUCAGUCCGCCUAUCGCAGCGCCCAGUAGCGGGUGACGGGCCAAGCCCGCGCGACCUCGACCAUGUUUGCGCAAACCAUCGCCAACACGUUGGUGGGGCUUGCAGGGAGGGAUGAAGAAGACCCAGCCGGCGAGGAUCCCACGAAGCCGGAGAACAAUGCACAAUGGGCCAUUUUUAUCCUGAUGAUGCUGCUUAUUGUGGCAUUCUGCACAAGCUACACCAUGCAGCAGAGGAAAAUCACGGCCAUCCACGAAACCGUCGUGUCCAUCUUUGGCGGUAUGACAGUUGGCUUGAUGCUCCGAGUGUCGGGCUUCGACUCGAUCCGUGACCUUGUCAACUUCAACUACCAGAUCUUCUUCAACCUCCUCUUGCCGCCAAUCAUUCUCUCGUCCGGUUACGAGCUCCACCAGGCCAACUUCUUCCGGAACAUUGGCACCAUCUUGACAUUUGCCUUUGCCGGCACCUUCAUUUCCGCCGUGGUCAUUGGCGUGCUCUUGUGGCUCUACACGGCCAUUUCCCUCGAAGGUCUCGACGUGACAUGGAUCGACGCCAUCUCGGUUGGUGCCACCCUCUCGGCCACAGAUCCUGUCACCAUCCUCGCCAUAUUCAACACCUUCAAAGUUGACCCAAAGCUGUACACCAUCAUCUUUGGCGAAUCCAUCCUCAACGACGCCGUCGCCAUUGUCAUCUUCGAAUCGGCCAAGAGUGCGGGCAGCAAGGGAGGAGGGAUCGGCAUCUUGAGUCUUUUGCACGGUAUCUGGUUUUUCCUGUCCGAGUUCUUUGGCAGCUUGGCCAUCGGCGCCAUAGUCGGUGUCCUGACCGCGCUGGGCUUGAAAUACACCUACGUCAGGCGGUACCCGCACAUCGAGAGUUGCUUAGUGGUGCUGAUUGCCUACGCAACCUACUACUUCGCCCAGGCCAUCGGCAUGUCUGGCAUCGUCGCCCUCCUGUUCUGCGGUAUCACGCUUAAACACUACGCCUACUUCAACAUGUCCCGCCGGACCCAACUGACCACAAAAUACUUCUUCCAAGUUCUCGCCCAGCUGUCUGAAAACUUCAUCUUUAUCUACCUUGGUCUGGCCCUCUUCACCGAGAAGGAUCUGGUUUACCAGCCGCUUCUCAUUAUUGUCACCGUCCUCGCAGUGUGCGCCGCAAGAUGGCUAGCCGUGUUCCCCCUGUCCAGAGCAAUCAACUGGUUUAUCCGCUACCGCGCCCGCCGCCAAGGUCGCGAAGCAGCCGAGGAGCUGCCCUACAGCUAUCAGGCAAUGCUCUUCUGGGCUGGCCUGCGCGGUGCAGUGGGCGUCGCCUUAUCAGCCCUCUUCGAAGCCAAAGAAAAAGCCGCUCUCCAAGCCACCGUCCUUGUCGUGGUGGUCCUCACGGUCAUUAUCUUUGGCGGUACCACAGCCCGCAUGCUGGAGAUACUGGGUAUCCGCACGGGCGUCACCGAGGAGGUCGACUCGGACGACGAAUUCGACAUUGAAGCCAUUGGCGGCGGGCUGUACAAGCGCUCUGACACAGCCAUCGGGUAUAACCCCCGCGCCGGCGGUCGCGGCUCGGUCCUACCGCUUGCCAGCGUUGGCAGCCGCAGUGGAAACGGGCACGCGGCAAGCGGGAGUAGGAACAACGGCUGGGCGUCCGGGCACAGGUCGCCGAAUACGGCCCCGCAUCGGCAGGAUAGUCGAAGUCGCAUAGCCAAGAAGGGUAGUGUUGGUGGCGGUGGUGAUGAGUUUGAGAGGUCCGAGUUGCUGGGCGUGGCAUCGGGGAGUAACACCGACUCGGAGUUUGGGAGCGACAUCGAUAUCUCGGAUCUCCCGCCUCCGGCGCCUGUUCCGAAGAGUAGGUCCAGCCCGGUCCAUUCUGACCAAGGGAGCGGGUCGAGUAGACAACGUGGGGCUGGAGAGGCGGCGAGCACUGGCCAGCAGCCAGCGCAGCCGCUGACAGCUACCGCUGCUAUCCGGCAGCUGUUCAGUACUGAAGACCCCAGCGCGCUGUUUAGGCAGUUGGAUGAAGACUUUAUAAAACCGCACUUGUUAUUGGACGGCGGGAAUGGGAGGGGCGGGGGUUCGGGGUCUCAUUGAGCGGGCUAGUCUCUGCUGGUUUGUUUCUGGGUGGAGGUUGUUUUGAGUAUGAAUGUACAACAUGCGGCUGGCAUUGAAGGGACCUUUGGGCGGAGUUUGGGCGCUGGGUAGAAGAGGCUUAGAACCUUACGUGUAACGCUUUACAUUGUUUCGGUGCCUCUACCGUUUCAGUGCCACAUGCAGAUCUGGAAUGAUUCCUCUACGUCGAGUUGGAAUCCUGCAAUGGCAGGCUCGGGCGUUGGCCUCAGCUGUAUGUUGAACCUUGAUCACAAAGCCAUCCAAUUGAACACGAAGG